CCGGCACAAACCACUUCCGCUGCUAACGUCAUCUCCACACGCAUCACCUCACCUUUACAAACACAUUCACUCACUCUUGCCCAAGUAAUAUCAGGAGAAUCAGCCAUUGGCGCAACCUACACUGGCGACGGCUCACCGAGGACAACACAUAAUUCAUCAAAGUUCCGGCAAUCACAAGUCCCCGGGAUCGCGACAGGGAUUCCCAGCAGCCCAGACACCAGUCCUGGCAGCAAACCAGCAAAACAGCCAGAGACAGCGAGAGAGUGGAAAAAGAGAAAGCCAGAGGGAGAGAGGGAGAUAGCAGGCCCAAAUGCCUCCCCCAUCAAUUUCAACAGCAGCAGCCCUCCCCGCACCAAAUCCCCAGCUCCGCGCCCAGGUCGUCGCCAUCUACAAGCAGCUCCUCUACCUCGGCCGCGAGUACCCCCAGGGCGGGCUCGACUAUGUCCGCCCUCGCCUGCACCGGGCCUUUAUGGCCAACGCGCACCUCCGCGACGACGAGGCCAUCCGCCAAGGCAUCGCCAGGGCAGAGUUUGUCCGGAAGGAGAUUGAAGCCCUGUACUACCUGAAACGCUACAGGACACUACGGAAACGGUACGGCGAGCAGAGCCAAUGACUCCCGUUUUUCUCUUUUUUCUUUUCCUUUCGUUCCUCCAUGUGCCGUGUAGCGGUUACAUGUGGCCGAGUGAUUAAUUGCCCUGGCGAGUAUGGGCGCUUGGGUUCUUUGCUUGCCCAUGUACGUAUGUAUACCAUUUGGAUCUGUAUUGAUGCCAUCGAUGCUACUGCCCGGAGGAGGACAAUGAGACACGAAUCAUGUCACUUUCACAGUGUGACGAUGCCCUGCUCUGAGGUAUGGGCAUCAUCACAUUACACAAAGACAUCCCCACGUAGCGUCAAGACAGGAUGUGCGUUGGAACCCAG